AUGGGGAUGAUCGAUCCCUUCAUUUGGGCGGUCCAAACACCUCCCAAGGUACAACCGACCGAUGCCAAGCUGACUGAACAGAUCAGAUCAGGCAGCAGGCUUCGUUUUGCUGAGAUACCAUCAUUCCAAGAAGUGUCGUUCUUCGCCGUCACUGGUUUCAAAGGAGUGGAGGGUGUAACGGUGGACAACAGUAACAACAAGCUAACAGUGGUGGGGAAAUUGAACCCCGAGAAGAUUAGAUCAAGUGUCGAGAACAAGAUAAAGAAGAAGGUGGAGCUCGUCUCUCCCCUCUCCGAGAAUGAUAAGUCUGGGGAAAACAAAAAAGGCAGUGGCAGAGUUGGGGAGAAAGACCAGGCAAACGGAGAAUUGAUAAAUGUGGACCCGAACAAGUACGGCGGCGCGUACUUGGGUAUGUAUUACCCAAUUGAGAACGUGCACCAUCCCUCUAAUUUCAACCAUGAGAAUUCGAAUGUGUGCUCGGUUAUGUGAGGAGAAGGUGGUGGUGUAUAACUAGAAGUGUGAAUUGUAAGAUUGAAUGCAACAUGUAUGAUUGAUUUAUGCAUCACUUGUGGAGAUCAUAAAACUGAAUAAUUGAAUCUUAAAUGUGUACCUUAAUGGUGGUAGAUUGUUUGGAUGUGAAUCGAUGAACUUGGUCUUUCGCA